GCAAAGAACAUAAAAAACAAAAAGACGUGAAAGACUGCAAUAGACGUGAAAUGCUGAAUUAACGAAAAUUAGUAUUCUUGAGGAAAUACUUUUUAUUUAAAAAAUUGCAAAUAUUAAAAACAGAAGUGUGUUUAUAUUAUGAGUGUUGAUAAGCUAGAAAAUAUCACAGGAAUGUGAAAUGUUUGUGUGGUCGAUACCAACGUUUUCCUUUUGUUAUUGUAUACGUAAUUCUUCGAUGGGCAUUCAUCUAGCCAUCUACGUUUUAUCUUUCCCAUAAUAAAUGUGAUUGUUGUUUAACCUGAAGCACGAAGGUGCAGGUGUGUCAGUGGCAGUGUAAUAACAUUAUUUUAAUAGACGAACAAAGGAAAACGACGGCGCAGACGGAUGGAAAUAAACGCGACAUAUCAAUUAUUGUCACUUGCUGUUAUUGUUUGUUUGUGUGUGCUGUAUUUUUUAAUUGAAUCUCCUGUUGAGAGCCAUUAAUUAAAAAACAAAAAUAGAAACAAAAGAAAAAACACACCCUGGGCAACUACAAGACAUAAGUUAUGCUUCAUAAGUGCAGAAAUGGAUCCACAAAAAAUUACUGAAUUAGCCGAUUUAUUACGAAAAAAUGGUGAUAAAAUAUUGAGCUCGGAAUUUUCAUUAACACUAUCAGGUUCACUGCUGCGCGCACUUAACGACUCAUUCACACUGAUCACAGAUGGCGCUACAGAAAUUGGUGCUUCUCCACAGACCUUCCAGGUCGCCAAACCGGUCAAUUCGAGAUCGCCCGUUUUCACGGAUCUGCAGCUCAUCUACGAUUUUGUGCAAAAAACACCACUACUUUGCAUUGUCCAUUAUCCCACUGAUGAGUACUUUGAAGGUACAAUUGAUAUCAGCAAAUUCCGCGCCUUACGUCGUCUAGAAGUGCAAAAGACUAAUGUACGCCAGGUGGUUGGCAUACAGCGAUUGCGAGCGCAACUACAGCAACUCAUUUGUGUGAAAAGUCUCAGUAGUGUGGAAGAUAUUAUAACGCGUUGUGGUGGUGACAACUCGAAUGGUUUUGUGUGGAAUGAAUUGAAAAUUGCCGAUUUUAGCUAUAAUAGUUUGCAACGCAUUGAUGGCGCAUUAGAAUUUGCACAAUUCUUACAACAUCUUAAUUUGCGCCACAAUCAGCUGCGCAGCGCAGAGGCUGUCAAGUGGUUGCCACACCUUAAAACAUUGGAUUUGAGUUAUAAUUGCUUGCAAUGUGUGCCACAAUUUCACAUGGAGGCCUACAAGCGCCUACAAUCGCUUAAUAUAAGCAAUAACUUCGUGGAGGAUCUCAUGGGUAUUGCCAAAUUGGAUGCGCUCACUGAUUUGGAUUUGUCCGACAAUUGCCUACUUGAUCAUUCGUGUUUGCUACCGCUAAGCGCCUUAGUAACUUUGAACUAUCUGAACCUCUAUGGCAAUCCAUUGUGCUGCCACCCCAAGCAUCGACUGGCCACUGCGCAAUUCCUGCACAAAAAUACCGCCACCGUGAAAUUCAUAUUAGAUUUUGAGCCGCUUUCGAAGAGCGAAAAAGCGGUGACCGGCAGCCAACAAUUACGACACGUUGGUGCGCUCAAUCGUUACGCUCAACGGUCGUCUUCCACCUCAAUUAAUAGCAGUCGUGUGCCAUCCUCAACGCAAACUCCUGCCUCCAGUGUGGGUUCACUGCGUUCCUUCAAAUUCAACGAAAGCUUAACAGAGCCAUCGGAUUCGCUUAAAACAACUGAUACUACGGUGAAUUCGCGAAAACAACCAUCUAAAACACGUACAGUAGAUAUAUUGGAGGCUGACGGCGUGCUUUCUCAAACGUCUGAUGAGAAAGAUGAGGUAGUGGUAGCCGAAAAACUGAAGCUAGUGAAGGUAACUGUGAAAAAAGCAGACAUAUCAGUCGAUGACACAAAACACUUGGAAGCAAAGAAGCAAAUUGAAACACUGCGCGAAAAAUAUGGCGCCAAUUGGCUGCAAUCCGGCAAUGCAGAAAUAAUGCAGAGUGUCUUAGGCAUUGAAACCACAAACGGCGCGUCUGUGGAUGCAGCAGUUGCCACAAACACUUCAAGGCAACUUUUUGAUGACUUUUUGGGCGAGCUUUCUGAAUCAGCGCUUGCAACAGCACGCCCCACGCCACAAUUACAAAAUGAUGUCAAUGAAACACUAAAUAACAUAGUGCAUUCAUCGACACCCUUGAGUGAUAGCUUCUUAAGUGGCGAUGUACCUAAACUGGAGAUUUUCGUUUCACCAAUCAAGGAGAAUGGUCCAAAUGCCAAUGCUGAUGCAACAUUGUACCAAAGUAUUGGCAGCACUAACUCUAAUGCUAAUGAAAAUCAUACGCUUUAUCAAUCGGCAUAUGCUGAUAGUACAAUAAUGCAAUCGGUAGGAGAUUCGUUGAAUUCUGCUUUGGAGCAGAAUACAGAACAGUCGAAUACGAGUGACGAUACGGCAGCAGAGGUCGAGUAUGACGAAGAACCUCUACAUUUGAAGGAUGUGUAUUCAAAUGUUGCAGAUGAUGAGCCCGAGGUCUCCGAACCUGAAGAUGACGAAGUGACUUAUAUAGUAUAUACCAUGCCACGAAAUGAGGCCGUAUUCCUAACCAUAUCCGAAAAUUAUUUGCGUGUACGCGAUACCUUAACACAAAAAACUAUAACUAAGUGGAGCUUGAAAAUUUUAGAAUCCUGUGAUCGCAUAAAAUCAAAUACAAUACGCAUUAACUUCGAUACAAUCAAGGCGGAUAAAAAAGAGCGCAUCUAUACGGUUGAAGAUGGAUUAUGCCAGGAGCUUGAGCGCAAAUUGCGCGAUAUUCUCUCCCAACGUGAUCUGUCGGAAAUGAAUCAAACCGUCUAUCGCUGCGUAAACUGUACCUGUCAAUUCACAGCGGAGAACAAAAAGAUGCCGCAAUAUCAGGAAAUAUUCUGUCCUUACUGCAAAAGCAGUUUUGUCGCUGAAAUUCAUGAUAUACCCAAGCCUCAGCCGGAAGCAGCUGCCGAAAGGCUCUCACCUGCAGCUAUAGUGGAGGAGGAAUCACCAUUCAACAUCAGUACGCCAUCGACACUGCAGCAGUAUAGCAAUGCAGCAUCUAACAUUGAUGUGGUUAAUGUAAAUGAUACAAAUAGUAUUGUUAAUGGACCCACCAGGCUUACCGCAAUUAACACACCAAAAUAUAGGAAUCUACUACAAGGGCUAAAAAGUUCCGCUAAUUCACUAAACGAAUCCUCGUCCUGCUCGAAAAUUACCAACUCACAAAACUCCUUCGAUUCUAAUCAAUCGGUUGUGGGUAGCUCCAAUACGGAACGUAAGCAGGAGUUCAACGGUGAAAGCAGCGAUAUCGAUAUAAUCUCCAACCCCAGUCAAUCGAGUAUUGAAGUAUUGGACCACCACGCCAGCCGUAAGGCGUCUGAGGAGCGACGCCUGGCGCAUAUGGCGGCACCGUUAGAGCCGAUCUAUGACUUUAGCUAUACCCAAAGUUUCAUUGAGCGAGAAUUUGGCAAUACAGCUGCGGCGGUCGCGCUAGAAAACCAAGCUAAAACACAAAAAACGACAACAGAGAAGGCACCAACAACAGCUGCACCAGCUGCUGAGGCAACAAUGACAAAUAACGCUGCAGUGCCACCAGCUGUCACCGCUGUUGGUGCUUUGACACAUUUGCCGCUCAUUGAGAGCAGUUCCUCUGGCUCGGUCACGGAUAGUGUAUGCACCGCAUACGAGCAACAACAGCAACAACGUUUGGAAAAAACGCCCUCCUCCGAUGAGCUACUUUCGAAGAGCGCAGAAGAGGCGAUUUUAAAAAAUCUGUUGGCAGCUGAGAGUGCUGCACAAUUGGUGCAACAUAGCCUCACGCCAGAGCAAACGAAGCCGACAAAUGGUAAAACUAACGGACAAAAUGUGCAAGCAACGAAAAAAGAAGACAAUAAAGUUUCAUCCAUGUUUGGCGCUCUCGUUCAGACAACGAACAGCCUCAUGUCCAGCUCGAGGAAAGCAAAUGCACAAACAAGUGAAAAAGAAUCUACCUGUCAGCCAUACAAAUACAACUACGCGGAUUUCAACGAUGUAGACCAUCGUCUGAAAUUAUACUUCUAUCAAACGAAAUUCGAUGAGAAUGAACAGUUCAAGUGGUUGGCGCGUGGACGCAUAUUUAAUGGCAAUACCAAAUCACUUUGCCCAGGCAUAGUCGUAAUGUCCACCUGCAAGUGUUACCUAAUGGAGGCGUUUGCACCCGAAAAUGAAGACGUUACCAAGUGGCUGCGUUUGUUGGUAAGCGUCACCGCAGAUCGUUUAGAAUGCAUACAACUGCUGCCUUGGAAAAUGGGUUUGGCUUUUAUGUUGCGCGAUUGGGGCAAUUUCCUACUGCUUCUACAGGAUAUCCUUCGCACCGACAGUUUAUUGUUGUACUUUGCAAAUAAUUCACUACCCUCACAGUGCGAACUCAAAUAUCAACCAUCUAUCGAGUUAUUGAAGCGCCUCAAUACAGCCGUCAGAGACGAACAGCUGAAAAUGUGCGCAAUGCUCAAUGCCUGCAUAGUGACAUGUGGUCAAGCAAAGCGUAGCUUGAGCACUUGCACCCUACUAACUACCGACACACACCUGUGCAUUAGUUCGAGUAAAUUCGAUUGGUUGACUACCUCAGAGUCAGAUGCGGAAAUUGAGAUUUGUCUGACCCAAUUGAUGUCGAAUCUCGUUGAAGUGGAGCAUGUUGAUGCUAAUACCUUUACAAUAAAUUAUUUAGACGAAACUCAGGAUCAGAGUGAAUUAUGGCAGUGCGCAUUCGAAACGAAAGAGAAUGCAGAUAGUUGCUUAAAUGCUAUAGCACAAUCGUGGGAGAAACUUUUUGGCGUGCCACUCUUAAAUACAUCGUGAGAACUACGUAUUAUCACAGCAAUUUUUAAUAUAGGACAUAUAUAUGUAUAUAUAUAAAUAUAAAUAUAUAGACAAAUCGUUUUUUUUUACUAAUUCAGACUAAUAAAUGUUGGGUGCAGCGAAAACUAAUAGUUGAAAAUGGUGAUAAAGCCAUAUGUAAUGUAGACAAGUAAAAGAAAAAGAAGAAAAAAGGUGUGCUUCAAAAAUGUGUAAUUAUUUAUACUGUAUACAAUACAAAUAAUUUUAUAUAUCUGUGUAACUGCAUAGCGUACAUACAUAUUUACAUUUUAUCUAUGUACCUACAGACAAGCAUAUACAUAGAGACGUUCUUUACUAAAAUAACAAUUCAUAGAACGUGAACUUUACAAAAAUGAGUGUAUAUUUGAUCAUUGUUUGAUUUUUGUUCAUUUCCAUUUUGACAAUUAAAACUUUAU